AGCAGCAGUAGUACAAGCUGUUGGAUUCCAAUGCAAAUGGAAUCACACUCACCUUCUCCCCCCUCUUCUCCAAUUACCGUUCUUCCCCCGCCCUCAGCUUUUCCACCUCCGUCCUCUUCUGCUUCUUGUUAUUUCCUUUUGUCUCUUUCUCCUUUCUGCUCGCCACAGCCCAUCUCUUGUCCCUUCUUCUUCUUCUUCUCCUUCUCCUUCUUGUUCCUCCUCGUCCAUUCGGGUUUCCCGGGGAACUUCUUGUCAUUGGACGCCAUGCCCGACAUCGACGACGACAGGCCCCGGGCUUCCCCUGGGAGGGAGUCGGUCAUGGACCUCGACCUCGACCUCGACGGCUCCUGGCCCAUGGACCAGAUCUCCUUCCUCGCAGCCAACCCCAUGUCCCCCUUCCUCAUGUCCUCCACCGAGCAGCCCUGCUCCCCUCUCUGGGCCUUCUCCGACGGCCUCGACGACAAGCUCCCCUCCUCCGCAGCAGCCGCCGUCAACGGCGGGUUCCGCCUGUCCGACUAUCCCCGGCUCCUCACAUGUGCUCCUAAUCUGGAAAACGAGAGUGUCGCUGAAAAUGACGAAACCCGGAAACAUCCAUCCCCAUUUCUUGGGCUGGCACCCCUCGAGAACCCUGACAAUUACUGCAUAAUCAAAGAAAGAAUGACCCAAGCUCUCCGUUACUUAAAAGAAUCAACCGAGCAGCACGUCCUCGCCCAAGUGUGGGCACCAGUAAAGAACGGGGGACGCUAUGUCCUGACGACUUUAGGCCAACCUUUUGUUCUCGAUCCCAACACUAAUGGGCUCCACCAGUAUAGGAUGGUCUCCCUCAUGUACAUAUUUUCAGUGGACAGCGACAAUGACGGAGAGCUAGGACUUCCUGGUCGGGUAUUCAGGCAGAAACUGCCCGAGUGGACCCCGAACGUUCAGUACUACUCACGCAAGGAGUAUUCUCGGCUUAAUCAUGCGCUUCACUGUGAUGUGCGGGGGACUUUGGCUUUGCCUGUUUUUGAGCCUUCGGGGCAGUCCUGUGUUGGUGUACUUGAACUUAUAAUGACCUCCCAGAAGAUUAAUUACGCUCCCGAGGUUGAUAAAGUCUGCAAAGCUCUUGAGGCAGUAAACUUGAAAAGUUCGGAAAUUCUGGAUCACUCGAACACACAGAUAUGCAAUGAAGGUCGCCACGUUGCACUGGUCGAGAUUCUCGAGAUACUCACAGUGUUGUGCGAGACACACAAGCUCCCAUUGGCACAGACAUGGGUCCCAUGUAGGCACCGGAGCGUGCUUGCUGAUGGAGGUGGCCUCAAGAAGAGCUGCUCGAGCUUUGAUGGCAGCUGCAUGGGACAGGUUUGCAUGUCCACAACUGACGUGGCGUACUAUGUAGUGGAUGCUCAGAUUUGGGGAUUCCGAGAAGCUUGUGCUGAGCACCACUUGCAGAAGGGACAGGGAGUUGCUGGGAGGGCUUUCUUGUCCCGUAGUUCGUGUUUCUGCAAAGAUAUAACCAAAUUUUGCAAGACUGAGUACCCUUUGGUCCAUUACGCUCGUAUGUUCGGAAUAACGAGCUGUUUUGCUAUUUGUCUGAGGAGCAGCUUUACAGGAAACGACGAGUAUAUCUUGGAGUUCUUUCUACCUCCUAACAUCGUGGACAGUUAUGAACAGGAGAUUCUGUUGAGAUCUUUAAUGGGGACAAUGAAGCAGCACUUUAAGAGCCUCAGAGUCGGGUCGGGGAAAGAACUCGAGCAAGAGGAGAAGUCUAUUGAGAUCAUUCAAGCUUCUUCCUUAAAUGAGAGGAAUGAGACAAAUAUUGUUCUUGAGCCUCUUCAAGUACCUGAUGGUGGUGCAGAAUUAGCUACAUCUAGGUUGCAGUAUAACUUACCAAGUAUCCGAAGGGAGGUAGAUCAGGUCAAUGUACCAAAUGAUGUUACAGUUGAUAACGCCGAAAAAAUCGUAGAAGUUGUAAAUGAGAACCCUGUUCCUUGCUCUGAUAACAAGAAACAAGCAAAGAAGUCGGAGAAAAAACGUGGAAAAGCUGAGAAACAGAUUAGUCUCGAUGUUCUCCAACAGUACUUCGCAGGCAGCCUGAAAGAUGCUGCGAAGAGCCUUGGUGUGUGUCCCACUACCAUGAAGCGAAUUUGUCGACAGCAUGGUAUUACCCGGUGGCCAUCUCGCAAGAUCAACAAAGUAAACCGUUCCCUCUCUAAGCUGAAGCGUGUAAUCGAGUCUGUUCAAGGUGCAGAUGAAGCUUUUGGGCUGGGAUCUCUAGCAGCCACGAGUCCUCUUCCUGUUGCUGUUGGUUCAAUUUCAUGGCCAUCGAGCUUGAAAGGGUCCAACGAACCAAACCAAAUCGAGCAGAAAGAGAAACCAUCUGAACUGCUCAACGAGAAGGUCAUUAAGUCACCCAGCCCUAGGACACCAGGAAGUGAUGAAGACCCUGCGAUUGAAAAUUGGCUUGGGGGAAGGAUAUUGAGUCAGGAGCAGCUUAUAUAUGAGCAGAAUGGAGCUGGGGGCAUGUCUGAACUCUACAAGGGCUUGAACCGGCCCAGAAACGGGACCGGCUCAAGAGAAGAGAGCUGUGGGACCCCCACUUCUCAUGGGUCAUGCCAAGGCAGCCCCAUAAACGAAGGUUUAGGUUUUGUUUCAUCACCUCCAAAGGAGCAACCUUCUGAUCCCUGCCAGAGACUCAGGGCCUCUCCUGAUUUGCCAUUUACUAAGCCCACCGAGGAGCUGAACUUCUCUGCUUGCUCUGUUAUUCCGAACAGUCUUCUGCCAACAGAAGCACAAGAAACCUUUGAAAGAAUGCUUUUAGAAGAUGCGGGAAGCUCGAAGGACUUGAGAAACCUAUGCCCUUCUGGGGCAGACACUGUGUUGGAAGAUUCAAGCUCAAAGCAGCACGUGGGCCUCCGCCCCCCUUUCCGAGCAGUAACAGCGCAAGGACCUGCAAGACAGGACAUGAAGAGCAUAACGAUAAAGGCCACUUACAGGGAAGACAUAAUAAGGUUCCGGAUCUCUUUUAGUUCCAAAGUAGUGGAACUGAAGGAGGAAGUGGCAAAGAGGCUGAAGCUAGAGGUCGGAACCUUCGAUGUGAAGUAUCUCGAUGACGACCACGAGUGGGUUCUGAUUGCUUGCAAUGCAGACUGGCAAGAGUGCGUCGACAUCUCGCGGUCUUCAGGUUGCAACAUGAUUAGGUUGUUAGUUCAUGACGUGAUGGCCAAUCUCGGGAGCUCGUGUGAGAGCUCCGGAGAGUGAGCAUUUUGCUCUGUCAGGGAAAAAGUAAUCGUCCUGGCAAGUCCUGCAAGAUUCUUGGUACGUCAGAGUUGGCAUAGAAUUUUUAUUUUUUUUUGGCUUCCCUUAUAGAAUUCGUCCAAGUUGUAAUAUAAAAGUUUUUCCAGAAUUUGUUGCGUCUUCGCAUAUUUGUGAUUGAAUGAAUGAAAGAAGCGUUAGCAUUCGAUGCAA